UCUUAUAAUGAAUUUGAGUAUAUUUUUGAUAAUAUUAGGCUUUACAGAAUUGGUAUUUAGUUCAAGCGUUAAUAGUACGAAAGAUGAUUCUUGCCACGUUUGUACCCUAUCAUAUUUUCGUCGUAAACGAGCAAUCUCAGAGUAUACGAGGUGGUACUCUAAUUUAGAAACAACACAAGAGUUUAUCGUUAAAGUUUUAGACGAUGAUGUAUCUACCGCCAAUAAACCAAUUGCGGCUGUGAAUAUCCAACCAUUAACAAAAGCUCAAGAAAAAAUUAUUAUUGGUGGAGCUGUAGUUCCAUCGCCAACUACUGAAAUUACUUUAGAUCCUUCAAAAGAAUAUACACGAUUCAUUCCUCCGACUACUCUUUCUGUAACAAAAAUUGAUGGUAGCAUUAUAUUAGCACCAAUAAAACCAUAUAGUAAAGUAAUACCACCAAUACGACCAAAAGGUAUUGAAAUUAAACAUGGCUCUGGGCGACAUCCACAGCGUGAUGAAAGUCCUCCCGCUAGUCCUAAAUUUCUACCAAGGUCUCAAACACAUAUAGGACGACAAUAUGCGCCUAUAGCACCGGUAUCCUUUACGCGUCGUCAUACAAUUGGUCCGCUUACUCCACGUACGGUGGAUAAUUUCAUAUUGCAUAAAACAACUUUGAGCCCUACAAGGACGUUCUCUUAUCCAGAUAUUGUAAUGCCUACGAGAACGUCAUCAUUUAGGAAUUUGUUUACUUUUGAAUAUACCUCAGAAUUAUUUGAUAAUUCAAAGCCGUCGCGAACUACUCCAUCGACUCAAAUAAAUCCUCAUCGCACAUCUUUAAGAGCCCACGAAGAAGUAGAUGAUAAUGAAGAUUCUAAAACUAACGAUAAAGACGGUGGAGGCAGGAAUUAUGAAGAAGAAGAUGAAUUAGAGAAUGAAGUAGUUAAUAUAACUGCUAAAUCGAUAUUUGGAGUUGCAACUAUAAAAGUUUCGGAUAGCAUAGUAUUGCAAUUAAAACAAUGGGCGGAGGAAAGUCCUAUUGCUAAACGGCUAGAUAUUACAAACGGAAAUUUUACCGUUAUGGAAAAUCCAAUAUAUAUGAUGAUAGUUGACGAUCCAACUAGCGGCCAAAUUGUUUCUGCUAAAAAAACAGUCAUGAUUGUUGCAGGGAUUCAGGGAAGAGAUCACCAUGCAGUAACGGCUGCAAUGUAUGUUUUAUAUCAACUCAUUGAACGUAGUGAAGCUCGCGCCGAUCUACUGACAAAAUUUCGUUUCUGGAUUAUUCCUGUUUUUAAUCCUGAUGGAUAUGACUAUUCGAUGACAUUUCCACACCGAAGAGAAUGGUCCAAGAAUUUACGGCAGUCUUGGGAUUCUUGCAAAGGACGUGAAUCGUGUCAAGCGUGUGAAGAUUUUGGUCUUAGAUGCACGAUACAGCCCUGUUAUGGUGUUAAUCUCGAUCGCAAUUUUGAAUACCAAUGGAUACCCCCAGAAGAGUUGCGCGCUGAGCACCCGUGUGGGUCGCUGUACGCGGGCCCUCGGCAACUGAGUGAAACGGAGACAUACGCCUUAACGCACUUUCUUCACGACCAACGGUCACCGCUUUACGCUUUCAUUGCAUUUAAGGAGGGCGAUGUUCUUGGUAUAUUGUAUCCUUAUUCGCAUACUAAUAAAAGACGAGCGCUGGACCAUAUUCACAGACCACGUGCUUCACGAGCUGCUUCCGCCGCUUUCAGUAUAAGCGGUCGUAUGUACGUUGCAGGACAAACGUCGGAAUUUUUACCGCUUUAUGCGGGCGGCAUUGAAGAUUGGGUGGAUGGACAUUUAGGAAUAGACAAUACCUACACAGUAAUGAUGUUUCGACCCAUCGAUGUUCAAAACUCUAAACUUGCGAUGGAGCGUGUCGUUCACGAAGCCUACGCAGCCGUAGACACCUUACUCCUGCAAAGCAUAGAGCCAGUCGCUCCGCCUCAUGUCACACUGACUAGAUCUAAGGCCUCACAAUCGGUUGUCCCUUUAAAAGGCUGUGCUAUCAUAGUAAUUUUCGCUAUUCGAUACAUUAGAUAUGGUUAAAAAGGUUGCUGAAUCCCGAUUGUGGUUGUGAUAUCAGCUAGGAACUAAGAGUUUGCCUUCU